AUGCCAAUUGAAGCGAACGGAGCAGGGGACCUGACUAGGGUUCCACGCAAACGCACCUCGGAACUCAACCUUGACGAGCGACAGCCGUCGAAGCGCUCACGGGUUUCGCGAGCGUGCGAUCAGUGGUUCGUGAGCCGGGAGUGCACCUACCAUGAGCAGCCCAAGAAGCGCGGUAUUCAGCCGAACUAUAUUCGUACCCUCGAAUUGAGCCUGGCAUGGGUCUUACGCCACUCCACUCAAGUCGAGCACAGACUUGCUACUGAGCUCGCCAGCCUCGAUCCUGGCGACGUACGCCUUACGAUAACGGGCAAGGAUGCUGCCGCUGCGGAAGAGCUCCAUCAGCAGUGGCGCAAUAGCCUCAUAUCGAGACAGAUCGACCAACUGCUGUCCGGAAGGACUGUCGAGUGCCCGUAUCCGACUACUACAGAGACACCAGUCUCUCCACAACCAUCGGUAAAUGUCUCGCAGCAAACACCGGACCCGCAGUCGCACACGAAUCUGGCGCACAGUCGACCUGAUCUCGAGCUCUACUACCUUGACCCUUCGCUUGGAUCACGUCAUGACGAGCCCGUUUCAGGACCAUCUGUGAGUGAAAGGCCGGAGCUACCAGCAAAUGCGUGGACAUUCCUCGAGUACUACUUCGCUUUUACCCAUUCGUGGUUGCCGAUCACUGACAAGCAGGAGAUGCUGAAGCUCAUGUACGCAAUGCCUCUGGAGUCAGAAAUAUUCGACGGUAAGGCGUUCAAAGCUGGAUAUGCGGAGCUGUGGAGCAUAAUGGCGCUUGUCUCUGCUCAAUUACAGCAUGAAGACAUUGACCAGACACAGCGCCUUCGUGAGACCGUGAACAAGAUGCUACCUCAGCACUUUCGUGACUAUGAGCUGAGUCAUGUAAAAGCACUCAUCAUACUCGCGCUACUAGAAAUUUCGGAGUCAGACUGGUUCGCCGCAUGGAUGCUGAUCGGUUCCGCAAUACGACUUAUCUCGGUCAUGCAAGCGGACGAUAUCUGGUCCGAGAAAGGCGACCCGGACCGUCUCCGGCCAGACGCUAAAUCAUUAUCUCACUCCCAGAAGACUCGGUUAAUAGUCGUGCGUAUCGCAGCAAUAAUGGUUGAGAGGAUGAUUGGAUCCGCCUUUAACUUCCCUGGCCACUCGCUGCAAACUGCGACUGACAUCGAAACCGCCAUCAAGGAAGACGACUCCGAAGAAUGGGCGCCGUGGUCUGACCCUUUCGGCGCGCCUGGAGCAAUCAAAACACCCAGCAGGCCGUAUGAAGCCCUCAAUAGAGUGUUGCGUCUAGGCGCGAGCACGGACACUGAGCGAUCCCAACAGCUCCGAGACGCCGUCCUUGCCUUGAUCCAAAACGCGACCCAAACGACAGCCAGAAAACGACCGCUAGAUAUUCUGACAGAUCUGGAGUCCCAGAAGACUCGAUUGGUGCUGGCGAAUAACACAGCCGGGACUGUUGUUUCUGAAAUCCAUGAGUCACCUCGAUUACGCAUCUCGGAUCAUAUACAAGAUCGAUUCAAUUUCAUACCGAUUCCUGAGGAUCACGGCAUCGGCGUGGCAGAAGACCACGCUCUAUUCGCUACUGGCGCGGCCGCUGGGCCUUCGGCGUGGGCAGCAGAUUCGAUGCCGCAAGAACAAGGCUUCAUGGCAGCUGCAAACUCUACGAAUCGAGCAAUGCCCAUGAUGGAUAUCUUCGAGGAAUUCGCCAUGUUAGAGCGGACCGACACUGGUCAGCACCCACAGUUUAUGCAAAAUCUUGGCUUUGGUCCAGACGUUGACCUUGCUGAGUUCUUUGGCUCGGAUAUCUACCAGCCGUCAGACCCGCUGCUCGCCUAUAUGCAGCCACCGUUCUCCACUCGCAUGGCGGAACAGCAGCGACAGUCCGGCGCUGAACCAGGCUGA